AUGUCCCUGGGUGGAGGCUCUGAGCUCCAGAAACACCUGCUGGAGCACAUUUACUCCCACUGGGAACAUCCUCUGGAUGGAGUUCGCCAUCAGACCUGCACCCUGUUCCGGAACCUGCUCCUCCUACAUCAGCGCACCAUCAGAGACCCAGGAGAGGACCCAUACGUCACAGAGCUCACCUCCAGCCUGCUGAGCCUGCAGUGGCAACUGAGGGGGAAGUAUGGCUCUUUGGGCUGCCUGGUGGAGCUGUAUGGAGCCCGGUUCUUGCUGAAUGUCCAGCCCCAGCUGCCUUCAGACCUCCUGAGCCUGAUGGGGGACCAGACCCUGGCUCCGUAUGCCAGUGAUCUGCUGGAGAAGCUGUUCCUGAGCCACAAGGAGCAGCUGGAGGCUUUGUCAGGCUCUUCUGAGAACUGGCUGGAGCUGUGGCACCAAACUUGGGUGACCCCGCUGCUAAAUGUUCUGUGCCUCACAAAACCGGAUCAGAAUACCUACAUCCUAGACUACAUCCUGCCUAAGCUGCUUCGCUGCAGCCCAUCCAGCCUGGCCCACAUGAUGCAGGUUCUGCAGGAUCCUCUUCUCUGCAGAGCAGGUCCUUCAGGCAGCCGGGGGCCUCAGGGAGCCCUGAUCCUGUGUCUGAGAGCAGCCCGGACCCAGGGUGUGGUGACGUUAACCGACAGGGGUCAGUGGAGGGGACUGGUACCGGUCUCCUUGCUACAGCAGGCUCUGAUCCACAAACAGGACCAGGUGAGGAUGGACGCUCUGGGACUGGUGUGUGAGAGCCACCGGAGCACAGAGGUUCUGGCCUCACAGGAAAUGGACCUGAUCCGCCACUUCCUUCCAGCGAACCUUAACAACCAAUCAGCGGGCGUAAGGCAGCAGAGUGUCGGCCUCAUGAAGAAGCUACUCUGCAGAGUCAGAGACAGCACCCAGCUGCUGCAGAAGAGACUGCUCCAGGACCAGAUGGACCAGGACCAGAGGGACCAGGACCAGCAAACCCUCCACAGAUACCGGGAGUUCCUGCGCUGGCUGGUUGAGGAGCUGCUGGAGGAGCUGCUCCCUGGAGCUCCGUUCUCCAAACUCCUCGUGACGCUCAACUUACUGAACCUGCUGGCUCAGACCUUCACCUUCUCUGCUGAGCCCGAUGUCUUCGCUCUGGGUGAGAUGGUGACUCCUGCACAUGCCCAGAACAUCCUCUACUGCGUGGCCAGCAACUUCCUCGAAGUCAAGCAACUGGCAACAUCGUUACUGCAGCAGGUUCCUGCAUCUGCGGUUGGACUGCAG